CCGUCAAUGUCAGCAAUCUACGUCGAGACUAGUGUCCUUCUCGCUCUCAGGUUGUGAAUUUGAGGAAUCCAGUCGUGACCAACUCUCAUCUUCGUGCAGAGCCAGCAUCUUCUUCUCUUGUCGAAGAUAUCUGCUACACCGCCUCUACUCCAACCUCGAGGACCUGUCGACCGAGGCCAACGCGAAGUCAACCGAUCCCCUACCCUCUCCCAUUGCGCUUCGAACACCCUUGGACAAAAGCAAGGCUUCUCGCUCGAGUGUGUAUCCAACGGUGUCCACUAGCAUCUUUGCGGGAUGCUUCUCAGAAAGUUGUCUGCUGUUCGUUCUACUGUUAUUGCAGGGGGCGAAUGUGUUUAGCUCUCGGUGACUCAAUCCACGCGCGCUCCCACAUCUUGCUCAUACUGCCUCAGAACGCGAUUGGUCAACUGGCAACUGUCCCUCUUCGCGUUGCUUCUCUACAUUCUCGUCAUCAUACCCUUUGUGUCCAGCUUCAUCCUCGCACCUCGAGUGAAGGCCGCCGCGCCGCGAAUCAUAUUCAGCUCCAUCACGGUCUUCGCCACCCUCGCGCUCUUAUCUUUCGUGCCGCUCCCCGAGCCCAGCCAGCACGGCGACGAUCUCGCGACACGCACAUUGUCCCGCCUCGUGGUCCUCGGCAUCCUCAUCCUCGGGCUGCUUGCAGGAUUCGGCGCCGUCAGCAACUCGUGGGCGUACAUCCCAUCCCGCACCGCCGUAGUAUCCACACCGCGCGAACAUGAUGUCGCGAGUGCGGAGUUCGCGUUAUUGAGUGUCCGCGAGGAUCUGGAGCGGAAGAGGGAGGAGGCUAGAAGGAAAGCCGAUUCUCAGAACGAGACUUGGAUGACGCGUGUCAUGCCGAACUUUCGAGGCGACGAACAGGCCCAAGAACUGAAAGGCUUGGAAGCCCUCGAGUAUCAGAUGAGUCGCAGCUUAGACGAUCUGCGUCAGCGGCGAGCUGCAGUGAAAUACGCCGGCACCGUUCGUGGCAGGAUCAUGGAUGUCGUCGGCCGCUUCUUCGCGCUGUAUUGCCUAGUGCGGUAUAUCAUCUGCUUCUUCAAUAUCUUGCUGCCACCGAAGCCCCAGACGGCGUCCAGUCUGCCAGAUGUUGUGACGGAUACCAUUGCAGCGUUCCUUGGCCGUGUUUCAGGCCCAGACUCGCAUGUGAAUGUGGCCGAGAUCGCUUUGAUCACGAGGCAUCUCAGUCUAGUCCUCGUUGGUGUGAUCAUCCUCAGCAGCAUACAGCUUGUUCUGCGAUGGGUUACUCGGGCUCUCCGGGUCACUAGUAAGAAUCUCGCAGCGGCAUUGAUGCUCCUCUUACUCGCGCAGCUUAUGGUGGGCUGGCCCAGACUUUGUAACUGAUCAUUGCCCUCAUCGGUUCUCUCUCAGUCGGUGUACUUGCUGUCCACCAUAGUACAGCUGCGGGCAUCAUUCCCGCCAACACAAACGACCAAAGACGAUUCAGUCAACCUCUUCUCGACGAUCCCCGAUUUUGAGCCAUUUGGCAAGUUGUUUGAUUCUGCGUUUCUGGUUUCCGCCACCGGAUCCUUGGUAGUCCGUUGGGCAGCACAGAGAAUGAACGGACCGGGUGUCUAGUCUAUGCGCUUUCACACCAUGACAGAAACCGAAUAUUAAUAUGUAUGAGUACUUGGCGAAUCCAGAGCAGCAAUUCAAGCCCAUUUCUGGACAUCCUGCUCGCUUGGACCGAUAGGAUCCGCCGAUGCCGCCAGGUUGCACUGAUGAAACGCGCGAACUUGGUCUGGGGCAAACGCCCCCACAACCGAGUGCAAGACACCGCGAUUGUGGAACAGGACAAAGUCGUUCUCGCGCCUGAGACGAAAUGAUCCAGCAGACACGUCGGAUCGAAUGGACGAAUGCUUACCAGUCAUGAGGGUACACAAGCUGGACGGACGAUUAGCCUGGGUGAGCUUAAUGGAAGAGUAUGACACACCGAAGGAGCGAUGGCAGGGCGCUGCAUCUUGUACAGCAGACCGCGGACCUCCUUCAAGUCCUUGAGAUGAGCGCCAUCCGGGUACAGUGCACCUUCGCGAGAGGCCCCGGCGGGGAGCACAUCGAUCAAAAGCUCGGCAACACCACAUGGAUGGACUUGGAACGACAAUUGGCCGGUGACGGAAUUCUUCCAGAGCUGGGCAGCAGUUUCAGCUGUGAGACGAAUCCCUUGUCUGCAGUGACACACACCAUCGGCAGCACUUUGACCUUACCUUCAUCCCAGGCAGGUAGGUCUUUCAGCGACAUCUCCAAGCCCUCAGAUUCGAUCCCCAGUCCGGUCGACAUCGCAUGCGCCGGGGCCAUCCAUACAUACGGGUGGGGCGAGUACCGCACGCGAGUCCGGACAGCCAGACUCUUGAGCUCAGCAGGGAGGAUAUCAAACAUCGUGCGACCUGACACGAAGGCCGUCGUGCCCAGCGGGACAGCAAGCUCGUCGCCCGUGCCGUCGUCGUAGCGGCAUGUCUGAGGCUCGCCGGCAGGGACCGUGAGUCCGUAUAGGGUCGUGACCUGGGGCGGCGAGAGGUCGUACAGCGCCGCGUCGAUGUGCCAUCGGUAGAACCUGGUGACACCGGCCGCCUCAUCCUCGUCGCUGACGACCGUUUUGUGGAACGUUUUGUGGUGGGGGUGCUUGAGCUUCGCCUCGUCGAGACCUUCGUGGUCGAACACCGUGCCGUUUCCGAUAAGCUGCACUUGCGGCACACGCGGGAUGGUCUUGAGAUCGGGAUGGAGGAUGGAUUUCUUCGUACCCUCCGUUUUGUUAUUCCCGUGUCCGUAGCUCUCCGAGGUGGGAUCGAAAGCCUAAGUGGGGGGGCAGAAUGAACGUAGCCAAAGCAGAGGGCAACGCGUACCUUGGUCAAUGCGUAUUGCUCUUCAGGGGUCACAACCGCGUCGCGGAAGAGGAGGACAUCAUGCUGGAGUGGAAUUCACAUCGCUUGACCUUCGAAUCGAGAUUGGAUUCGCACCUUAUACAGAGCCUCCCUGACGGCUUCAAACUGGUCCGGCGUCAGCCGUCCGGGGUUCACUCCGACGACUUCCCGUCCGAAAUCUGCAAGCUUGGAUGUAUCUGCGCUAGCUGGGGCGGGAAGGGGCAGCAGCUGGAAAGUCAUAUCGUCGUUCGGGCGAGAGUGUUAUUGACACCAUAUGGGUUAGUGACUCGUUUUGAGGCGGAGAAAAGGAGCAGCAGCAUUGCCACUGAUCUUCGAAGCUUCAUUAUCUUAUCUGUAUCUGUGCACCCUGAUUACACUGAGCAGUAAACCGAAGGAAGCAUUUCAGGGGGGAAAACCUGAAAAUAGGUCCCUCAUCCGGUCGUUCUCCUCAUUUGAAUAACCUCUGCAUUCAUUAUGGAUCGUAUUUCAAUGAUCACGAUUGUGAUAAUGUUAGAAUAACAAUCACGUGCAAGUCCUCCGCUUUCCUGUGACCAAGUCACAUCUCUCGGUAAACAACAUCCGUGCACGCCGAACAGGCUCGAAUUCUUCCGAUCACCUCUUCAGUCCCCGUCGCCAGCUACAUCACUAUCCGGGCCUUACUCGCUUCACCUCUCAGGCCAUCGAUCGUUAGCACGCCCAAUCGAUAUGAUGUGACUGAAAGUCACGGCGACCGGUACAAAAUUUUCGCCCAAGGAUCCCGCACCUUCUCUCCCUCAUCAUGCCUUCCGCUGGAACUCUGUACACCACCCCCCAGCAGCCUGUUGCCCGUGCGCUCCGCGCGAUCGCAGCUUUCGGCGGUGUGACCAUCGACAUUCCGACCGACUACGUGCAUUUCGACACCAACAAAAAACCCGAGUUCUUGGCCAAGUUUCCGUUCGGAAAGAUCCCCGCGUGGGAGGGCAAAGAUGGAUUCUGUCUCGCUGAAUCAGUGGCCAUUGCUCGUUAUCUGGCCACUCUGGCCCCCAAGUCCGGACUUCUCGGAAAAGACGCCAAGGACGCGGCACUGAUCGACCAGUGGGUCCACUUGGCCGAGACCGAGGUCGACGUCAACACCUCACAAAUCACCGGCCUCCUCAAUGGCUGGGUCACCCCAUACAGCAAGCCGAUCCACAACACAUUCCUUGAGCGUCAGCUCCGCGGCCUCGAAACCCUGGAGAAGCACAUCUCGACGCGCACAUUCUUUGUCGGCGAGCGCAUCACGGUGGCCGACAUCUUCGUCGCGACCACCGUGCAACGUGCCGCCAAUAUUAACAUCGACAAUGCUGCUCGCGCCAAGAUCCCGAAUUUGAUUCGACACAUGAACACAAUCAUCUUCCAGCCCAGCUUCGUGGGUAUCUUCCCCCCGACUGCGGUCCUCGAGAAGGCGCCCGUGUACGUUGCCCCGAAAAAGGAGAAGGAGGCCAAGCCUGCUCCCCCGCCUGCUGCACCGAAAGCAGAGAAGAAGAAGCCCAAGGUCGAGGACGAGGACGAUGAUAACGACAUUCCGGCCGAGCCAAAAGUCAAGAACCCUCUGGACGACCUGCCCAAGUCGACAUUCAACCUCGAAGACUGGAAGCGUGCCUACUCAAAUAAGGAGACCCGCGGAACCGGUGGUGCCAUCGAGUGGUUCUAUGAGAAGCAAGAGGGUUUCUCCAUCUGGCGUGUCGACUUCAAGUACCCCGAGGAGCUCACACAGACGUUCAUGUCGUCCAACCAGAUCACUGGCUUCUUCAACCGGCUCGAAGCGUCCCGCAAGUACCUCUUCGGAUCGAUCGGUGUGCUCGGCACAGCGAACAACUCACUCAUCUCGGGGACGUUCAUCCUGCGUGGCCAGGAUGCCACUCCGGUCGUCAACGUCGCGCCCGAUUGGGAAUCUUAUGAGUUCAAGAAGCUCGAUCUCGCGAACGCCGACGAUAAGGCGUUCUUCGAGGCUGCUCUCGCCUGGGACUUGGAAGUUGCUGGCAAGACUUGGGCUGACGGAAAGAACUUUAAAUGAAGGAUGAUUCGUGUUAGUUGUUGUAGGAGGAGAUAGAAUCAAAGUGCAUGUAUGUACAGUUGCCGGACUUUCACCAAUCACCAAGGCCUUGUUUGCUCUGAUCAACAAAGCCUUCGACUCGCACUGUGCCGGCCACACAAAG